AUGCUCAACACGAUCGACCUGUCGAGCUACCUCUCUGGCGCCUCCACUCCCGAGCAGGACCGCGCAGUCGCUCAGGCCUUUGUCAACGCCGCCAGCCAGGUUGGAUUCGCGUAUGUGACGGGAUGGGAGAGCGUGGUGCCGGCGGAGCUCGUGCAGGAGGUGUUCGAGUAUAACGAGCGCUUCUUCAGCCUGCCGCAGGAGAAGAAGGACGAGCUGGAGUAUGUGUCGAGCAAGGCGAAUCGAGGGUACCUUUCCUUCGGCCGUGAGCAGGCGAGCUUGAGCAAGAACCCGAACCAGAUCGAGUCAGAGCGGGAGGCGAGCAGAGACCAGAAAGAGACGUUUGAGAUCGGCAACGACAGCGAUCCGCAAUACCCGGAACAUUGGCCGAAGGAGGAGGACUUGCCAGGGUUCAAAGCUACUAUGAACCGCUUCCACCAGCUUUGCGACCAACUUCACCUCCGCCUCAUGUCGCUCCUCGCCAUCUCGCUCUCUCUCCCUCCCGAUUUCUUCCUUCCGCAGAUCAACGGCCGCAAUCACUGCCUUCGGCUACUUCACUACCCUCCGGUCCCUCGUCAAGGCUCGAACAACCGCAUUGGCGCGCAUACCGACUUUGGCACGACGACCCUCCUCUGGCAGGACAACACUGGCGGGCUGGAGAUCGAGGGUCCGAAUGGCGAAUGGGUGCCGGUGAAGCCGAAGCCUGGGACAGUCGUCGUCAACUUUGGCGACAAUCUCGCUCGCUGGUCGAAUGACAUGCUCAAGUCGACCGUCCACCGCGCCGUCCUUCCGCCGCGCGAGUCGGGAGGCGACGAGGGAGGCAUGACCAAGACUCGACGCAGCAUCGCCUACUUCUGCAACCCGAAUCCCGACGCGCUCAUCUCCUGCAUCCCUGGUCUUGAAGGUCCGUCGGGCAAGGCCAAGUACGAACCCGUUGUUGCGGGCGAUUUCUACGCGGCGAUGCUCGAGGCGGAGAUUGGCGUUUGA